UGGGACGCGAAUCGGAAUUUUACAACAUGGCUGCCGAAUGAGAUCAAAGUUGCGGUGCUACACAUUAGGAAAAAUGUAUUUUUCUUAGCCUCUGUAAAGAUAAAAUAAGCAUAAUUACGUAUAAAUUGAUAAAAGACGCGUUAAACGUUGAGCCGAGGGUGCGUCGGUGAUCUAAAUAUGAUUAAAUCUGUGUCUAAUAGUGAGUUGAAGGUGACACCCCGCAAUACUGUAUGGAGUUCGGGAACGUAUGGCAGAGACUAGGGGCCGAGAUAAGAGGGCCCUGGUUCUCCUAAACGUUUUACGCCUCUCGGCUAACCUUCGCGAACUAAUUAGCGAUGCUGUGCGCGUCCCAUGUGAUUCGCUAAAACAUCAAAAACAAUUGAAACCUAUGCUGGUUAGUCGCUUCAGAUUUUGUUAAGAAGAUAAUAAGCGACGAGAAGUGAAAAAAAAAAACUCAAUGGUUUCCUGACAUGAUGGAAAGCAAGUUGUAUGUGAAAAAUGAGCCGGGACUAGAGGGGCAAUCGCUGGUGAAUCCGGCCUGCGUGUCACUGAUGUCAGACGAGGGGGGAGGACCCAGGAUUUGUUUUGUUUGCGGAACCCUGGGUCACAGUGAGCAAUACUGGCUCAGAGUAAAACCUAGUAUAGGCGCUUCGCCCAGCGAACCAUAUUUUCCAUUUUUGGAGUCUCACGAACCGCCGGCUGGCUACAGAGGCGAAGGGGUUAGGAGCGGCGCCAUAAAAGUCUGUAGUCUCUGCUACGCUCUACUCUUGCAGCAAUGGGACAGCUACGAGAGAGACGCCAGGCCCCACAACCAGAGGGUUUACUGGCUGAAGCGGUGCGACGGAGGUCCUUUUACUGGAGCAGAAAUGGCACUCCAGGGGGAAUACGCGGCGCAAGUUUUGGGGCUCACUAACGAACAGCCGACGACGCAGACAAGGCAGGAGAGUCGGCCGGUCGGCGUGUCCCCAAGAUUACUGCCAAAUUCCCCCUCGCCCAGAGUCGAACAGUCUAGACCACCGUCUAAUUCCGUUGAACUGCAAAGGCCGCAUUCUAACGCUGCCGAAUCGUCCAGACAUCUUGAACAAGCAAGACUGACCAUGGAGUCACCUCAUCAAAGACUACAGUCACCGCAUCAGAGGCUACAGAGCCCUCGACAAGUCGUCGAUGAAACUAGACUCUCCAACGAGGCAGCAUUAGAUUUAAGACAUGCUCCCAGAAGCUCGCCAGCACCGCAACCUAGUCUACCACCUCAACCGCAAGCUAUCUAUAGUGGCGGAUCGACGUCCAGCGUCGGCACUGAUAUAUUAGAUUUAUCAAUGCCUGACAAAAACUCAGUGACCGAAGUCUGUUACGUUUGCGGAGAUGAAUACAAGAGAGGUUCCCUAAGCCACAUUGCGGCCAAGCCGCUGCCGACUCCUCCACAUCCUGCUACCAGCCCGCCACCAUUUUUUCCAUCACUAAUGCUUCAUCCAAGACCCAGCAGAAGUCGGCCAAUGGACAGCGCUGGACGAGUGCAGGCUUGCUCGGCGUGUCAGAAUCACCUUUUAUUGCAAUGGAAAGCUUACACCCGACAGGGUGUACCUCACGGGGAGAGAAAUUACGCGCUGAGAAAACGACACGCUCCUGCAGUCGACACCACGACAUUCAUAUGUUAUACGUGCGCCCUGGAAUAUCCGUCGUCAAGUAUAAGACUUUUGUAUUGCUGUUCAAAUCCGGAAAAGGAAGCCUAUUUCCCAUUCAUAUGUUCUUUGAGGCCACCACCUGGUGCAAGUCCGAUAAGUCCUCAAGGCAUGGUGCAAGUUUGUUCUAUUUGCUACAAGGCCAUUCCUCAGAAACAGCAAGUUUUCGGAGGCGACAAUCACGAUGGGCAGCAACAUCCCGCCGCUAUUAUUUCACAACAAAACGAUCUCAGGCAGCAAGGUCUGUCACCAAGGCCGGCUGUCCCAAAAUCACCAGCUAAUUCUGCGGGAAGCGACAUCCGUUUUAAGCCAUAUGAUUUAAACAAAUCAAGCGCUGUUGCAAACAAACAGCGUAGCAUUAACAUAAAAAAUACCACGUCGAGGCAACGAAAUUCUCCUAGCAAUGGACCGGCAGAAAACGGCAAUGUUGCGCCGGGACAAAAUUAUCGGUGCUACAUUUGCGAAAGGCUCUAUCCUCGAAAUCACAUGGAAUGGUUAUCGACUAGUCCGGAAGGCAUGAACUCCCAUGCAAUGCAUUUUCCGUGUCUAAGAGGAAUGGCACGUACUUCCGAAAAUGCGUGCAUGGACAGUCACGGACGUGUCUUGGCAUGUAGUCAGUGCGUCAAUCACCUAUCUCAGCAGUGGGAGAGCAUGGAUGCCGAACGAGUUCCAUUAGAACGUCGGAGGUAUGAUAUUCCUAGCCCACAUCCAAACGGAGAUGUUGGUAGAUCGAUAGCAACACCGCCAAGUUUGAGUUCAGAUAGAACAUUCAGCAGCAUUCCCGGGACGUCGAGUAGUUCGAUCUACUGUUUUUUGUGCGGCCUACACAGCGAUCUCACCUUGGCAAGGGUUCUAUACGGGCGACCUCAGGGUCGAAACGCACCGUUCUUUCCUGAGCUUUUGCGCCAUCAGUCACCUCUGAACGCCGAACAGCUGAGGGAAGACGGCUCAGCGCUAGUCUGUACAUUUUGUUAUCAUUCUCUGCUCGACCAGUGGCGAAAAUACGAGAGUUUGUCGGGCGGACAGCAAAUUAACACUGCCGAGAGGCAGUACAAUACGCAUGAUUACUGUUGCUUCGUUUGCGGUAUUACGACUUAUCGGAAACGCGUCAGAGCGCUUCCUGUUAAAGACUUUGCCUUUCUUAAGAACCACAGACAGCCCGAGAAAAGCUUGUUAUUGGAAAAUGGUGACUUUGCCGUCGUUUGUCUCGAUUGUUAUGAGACGUUACGGACGCAGAGCCUCGAGUACGAAAGAUGGGGCUUGCCUGUCGAUAAAAGAGAAUAUAACUGGAUCGUUCAACCACCGCCACCUGAAAAUGGUCCUGAUGCAGCUGUCGCCAGAUUGCCAUCGGGAGAAAGAUCUGAAAAAGUGGUGCCGCAGACGCUUGCAACAAGGCCGGUGAGGAAAAACUGUUCACCUAAGGCGCCCGACAAGAAAGUUCCGGGAAAGUUGCCAGAAAAAGAUCAAGGACUUCAACCAGCCAGUAACAAGGGACAGCCACCAGCUCCAAUUGGUAAAUCACACAGACCGAGCCCUGGUGUAUUACCACAGGGUCAUACACCAGGACCUGGACCUGGGAACCAACAGAGCAGUAGAAGUUUCGCAGCGGCGCUUCGAAACUUGGCGAAGCAGGCAGGACCAGCUCCGCAAGAAGAGGAACCGAGGGCUAGUCCAAAAAAUCGAGCUCCACCACCACUGGUGAGAGGACCAUCGCCUGCUAAGGAACGUUCGACGCAUGAGCGAAGGCCAGAGGAGAUUCCCUCGCUGUAUACAACUCCUCGACAAGCUGAAACUAGCAAACACAGCGUAACGGCUUCGACCUCCGAACUUCUGGCUAGGUCUGGUUUCCAACCGUAUCGGCCUGAGCAUCAUCCGGCUCAUGCACCGCCAGCAUUUGCUCUGGAUCAGACCUACAGCCCUUAUCAUCACGGUCUUUACCCGCCGCCACACCUGCAACACGCUUAUAGGUUAGAAGAUCAAAUGUACUUGGAAAGGUGUGGGAUGCUUAGACCGCCACUAUUUCCUGGGCUCCCUUCGUAUCCCUUUUAUGGACUGCGAUACAGCCCAGAAAUGUUGCCACCUGCAUCCCUAGGUCUGAUGUCGCCUGUAAUGCACGAGCGCUUGAAGUUGGAAGAAGAGCAUAGAAUUCGACAAGUGAGAGAACAAGCGGCGCUGCGCGAUGAGGAGGAGAGGAGACGGGUCGCUCGAAGUUCGGCCCCUGCUGCUCCCGUUCCCGUCCCUGCCCCUGCCUCAGCCGACACUGCAGCUAGGAAGCCGACCAUAGCGACUCAGUUGCAUAGCGAGCGGGAGAGGGAACGUGAACGCGAACGGGACCGGGAAAGAGAACGAGAACGAGAACGAGAACGAGAACGAGAGCCAGAUCGUGAACGAGAAAGGGAAAAAGAAAGAGAAAGAGAAAGAGAACGAGAGAGAGACAGGGACAGAGAACGUGACCGAGAAAGAGGAAACAAUGUCAACAGUGGCCAUCACGUUACGAGGAAAGAAGACCCGCCUCCCCAUCCCACCGAUUCUACGUCCCUUUAUCACUCAAGACUCCCUUCUUUUCCCAGCCCUGCAGCACCACUUGGUCCCGCAUCACUCAGCUCCGCAUCCAUCUGUUCAGUCAGUUCCACUCCCAUGCCACCUCCACUGAGCUCGACACUACCUCCUCUAAAUUUGGGACCUCCACCUAUAAGUUCAGCGACUAUAGGCCCACCCCCCCCAAUCCCCUCGAUAUCAUCGAUGCCAACUAUGCCCUCGAUACCUUCCUUGGCCCCCAGCAUUAUUGGACCCCCGCCACCUCUCAGUCUGCCUCUAGCACCAAUAAUUUCCAUACCUUCCAUACAUUUACCUUCUGCACCGUCAAGUACCAUUCAUUCUAGUCAGCACAUAACUACGAUAACGAGCGUUACUACAACCAAAACAAUGCAUCAUCAACGUACAAAUCCUAUUGGCUGCACCACGACAAAUUCGUCGUCUUUCGGCGGUACGACAACUACUCAUGCAACGCAUAUAUUAACAACGCCAAGUGCCGUUCCGCCAACGUUGAACAAUUUGGCGAACCAAUCGCCCAGUAUUCACAAAUCUUCUCCUCCUCCACCCCUUUCAAAUAAUCAUAGUUCUAGAAAUAAAGAUGUCCUGUCACAGCCGACCACGCCUCAGCCGGCGUUUGUCAGGCCUUUUGAGGACUCAUUUCGCGCUACUUCGAAACCACAAUUGAGACCCGUACUCAAUAGUCAUAAUCAAAAUGUCCCGAACCAAAUCAAUCAUCAAGAGUCAGUAGUGAAGUCGUCGUCGUCGUCAUCCUCGUCGAGUUUGUGUUCAACGACCCAAGCGGUCACCACACAGUCAAUCCAAGAUGGUUUGCCGGAAAAUGUCAGUAAAUCAUUGACGUCAUCUACGAAUCAUCAGCUCCCCUCCCAAUCUAUUCCAUACUCGACUCCGCAGUUUCAUCAUCCUCAUCUUCCCGUUCCUCAUGUCCCCAGCUUGUAUAAGCCACCUCAUUUCACCCCCCCUUCCACCCAUCAUCAACAACAACAACAACAACAACAACAACAACAACAACAACAACAACAACAACAACAACAACAGCAACAACAACAACCACACCACCACCAGCAACAACAACAACAACAACAUCCUUCUAAUAAGUUAAAUAUUCCUAAUGUAAGCAUUAAUCAUAAUACUACCACAAAUAUUAGUAAUAAUACGAUUAGUACGAAACCGCCAACGCCGCACCAUGUAAGCGAAGCACUGCCAACAGCAGGCAACCUUCAGCGAACCGAUGUCCAAAUAAAUAUUAAUAAUAACUGUAUUACUAAUGAUAAAACUUCUGCGAAUGCUAAUUACUACAAUAAUCAUAUUAUGAGUGGAUCGAAAGCCAUUAGUCGGAAUUACAAAUGUAAUUUAGAAAACGUCCAGAGAGAUGUACAGAAGAAUUGUGCUGGAAAUAAUGAAAGAAACGAAAGCGAUCUAUCGCGACAUACACUGUUGAACCAAAAUCAUUCGACUAUCAAUACAUUGUUAUCGGAUAAAUCUCCUGUACUGUCGCAGUCAACUUAUGACCAUAACAACAAAGGGCCUACUUUUCAACCCUUAAAUUUAAAUACAAAUGAUAAAGAUUGUAAGUCUGAUAUCGAUGUCAAACCCCAGAUGGAUCAAAGUACUAUUAUGUCCACAUUACCGUAUCAACCAGUUGUAAAGUUCAGUUUAAGUGAUGUCGCGCAAAAACCAAUUGGUACUACUCAAUUGAUGCAGAGUAUUAAAUCGGAGGAAGUUUUGCGCACCUGCCAGAAUGUCUCAAAUGUUCUUUUGCAAAUACCAAAAUAUCAAGAAAAGUUAUUGAAUUUCUCAAAUAAUGAACUCAAAUCUGCAUUUUGCUUUACCGACAAGUGCAAUAAUGUGACUGAGAUUUCCGUGAAGUGUGAAUCGGCUGUGUUAAAUGUGCCUGAUCUCAGCAAGUCCUUAGUCAAGCACGAAACUGUGAACGAUAAAUCAUUCUUGAUGCCCGAGAAACCGAAAGAGUUAACAUCGAUGCUGGACCUUGCUGAAAAACGAAGGAAACGUAAACGGGAGAAAACCAUCGGAGCCAGUGUAAGCUCUGAAUCAGAAAGUGAAGAAGAUGUCAAAGAUUCGGAUCUGUGGAUAACCAAAGGGCCGCCUUCUAAGCUUCAAUGUCCUGCCAAGAAACUUUCUUUCCUUGCCAUGUUCGGACUGACCACUCUUAGCACUAGAAAUGAAAUGGAACUUUCCAAGGUGGAAAAACGAUAUAAGCUAAAUCCAGAGCCACCUGUUCCACCAUUGGACUCUGAACCUAUACUUGAAUCUCUAUUACCAAUUCCACGGGAACAUCCUGAUGUGCUUCUUCAAACUCCCGAUUUUGUAGGCAAAGCUGGGUUCCUCAAUAUUCUCGGGCUUGAUGUUAUGCCUCCAACCAAGAGAGAUGAAGCGGAAGUAAGCUGGCAAUACAUUCUCAAGGAUCGGAAAAAACGGAAAAGUGUCAACACAGUGACAGCUUACUGUGAAAGAAUUGCCAGAGUUUAUUCAAGAAAUCCACCGUUGUUACCAAGACCACCGCAGAAAAUGCGACUACUGGACAGAGUGAAAUCAAAACAUUUACCAGAGCGACCACCACCGUUACCACCUUUGGUUCCAAAUAUAGUACCAAGGUUCCACUCUGUCUUACCCACACCUGGAGAGAAUGGCGUUAAGCAACAUUGCAAAAUACCAGAGAUUUGUCAGGCUGACGAUUCGAUUGAUGAUAAAGAUGACAAGGAUAAAUCGAGGUGGGAUGGUAUCGAAGAUACCAUGAUCGCAUACAUGGAAUAUUCAAAAGAAAAAUCGUUGGAGAGAACAGUCUUAGCUGCGCAAACGGCGAAACUAGCAGCACGGACAAAUAAUCUGAGAUCAGAGGCAAUCCAACUAGAAAGAAGAAGAUACGAUUUAUUGUCCAAUUGCUCCGCCCUUGAGACAGAGAGGCGAUGCCUCAGCGAGCAGAUAGAAAGAAUUAACGCUCUUCUGAGAACCCUGAGGUAGCAAUACGCGACGCACAACACGGAAACUCAUUCAUCUGUGAUAUUAUCGACGGGUUAAGAGAGCCGUUGGUAUCUAAAUAGUUGAAACAACAAACAAUUUUUUAACAAUUUUAGAUAAGUAAAUGUAAGAUACAUUGACCAAGUGUACAGCAUUUUUUUAGUCUUUUAUCACAGUUUACUUUAUUUGUAAUGAAUUAAAGCUAUACUGGUAGUUUUUCUAAAUCCAGAAAUUUUAGUUAUUCGAUAUUUAGGCAUUCUUUUACAUAGCGAUUGUUACAUGAAGUUUAAACGUGUCUUAACCAUUUCUAAAACAACUCGUAAAAAGAGUCUGAUUAGAAUAUGCUAUUUGAAAGACAUGUUGAAUAUUGUGUAUGAAAUCAGAGGGGACUAGUGUUUAAAGUGUUGUAAGUAAUCAUAUCAAUAUGAUACGAACGUGUAAAAAUGAAGUGUAAAGAAAACGAAUCAAAAUACAAAUUUCUCUUCAAUUAAUAAGGAAGUUUUAGUGUUUCAUAAUUUUUACUGACGGCUCUUUAACCCAAGGUAUAAGAUAAAUAAUUAUAAUUUGUAUAAUAUUUUAUUGAAUAUAGAGAGAACACUCAUGUAACUUAUUUUAUUCUCUGUAAUGUGGACUUGUAUUUAAAUAUUGAAAAGGAUAUUCUAUCAUAUGAUUCGCACGUUUACUGAUUAGUAGCAUGUGUAUUGAUAAGAUAAACAUAGAAGAGAAGGAUCUCAAUUUAAUAACUGCAAAAUCGAAGAUAAUUGAUUUUUAAACAAUGCGAAUAUCUUUUAUAUUGAAGUAAAAUUGUUUAUCGAACAUUCGCCAUUUGAUGAACCUCUGAAAGAUACUUCUAAUUUGUUGUAAGUACACCAGUGUCUUCUCGAAACGGUCACUUUUUGUGGUUCAAUAUUUUCCGCAUGUAAUAAUUGAAACGCUAAUAAUUAUUUGGAAUUCGCAUAAUUUUUCGGACACAUGUAUUGCAAUUUUUAUAAACUGUAGACUCAACCAUUGAAUAAGAAUAAUAAGAUCCUCCUUCAAUUCUAUGUUGAAUACUUACAAUAAUAAUAAUAAUGUCUGCAAUGGCCAGUGAAUUUCAAAGAAGUGAAAAACGAUGUUGAGGUACUUAACAAAAAACAAGGUUAUAAAAAAUAAUGACUUGACUUUUACCAUAAAAUUGCGUGAGUACAUUCCAUGAAAAUGCUUGUUACCCGCUAAACCUUUAACAUUCCAUGUAUUGAACGGACCUUGAAAAAAUAUGAGUAAACGUGAAAUAACAUUUUUAUUUAAUAUCAUCCAUUUCUUGGCAGACCGUAAUUAUUAUACUUCACCUGGGUCCUAUUUAGUUCUUUCUUUCUUGUUUUCACAUUUUCGAAUAAUUUGGCGUACUGAUUCAAAUCUCAUUGUGCUCUCUAAAUUGAUUAUCUCCUUGCUCCGUAUAAUGUAGCAUCAUAUCUACCCGCCUUCCCUGUUAUAACCCGCAAAUCAAUUUUGUCUGUGUUUUCAACGUUUUGUUCAUUGAGUGCCUACAUUUGUAAAUAUCAUUAUUUUUAUGUAUUGUGUAAUAUUAAGGCAUCUGUAGAAAUCUGCAGGUACCUUUCUGGCCAGAACAAGAGCCUAAAAGUAAACUGUUCGAAAACAC